AUGCUGCUGCUGCUGUUGUUGCUCCGUCUUCUCCUCAUCCUCCGUCCACUCAAUCCACCGAAUACUAAGAUUACUGAGUGGGUAGCUGGUAUCGUCUCCUUCCCUCAGAGAACCGAAAAGGGACACAGGAGACUUACCAGACGGGGCUUAGUGGAAAAGGUCGUCGUAAUCCAAGCCCUCCCUCUUUCGGACAAGUUCGCAAACGCUGAGUUGCUGCGCCGCCCAGUCGCAAAUCUCACCCUCCAGGAGGCCAUUAAUCGCUCUGGAAAGGACAGUUCCAGAACUACCACGAGUGGACUCGAGACUUUGGACCAAGCUCUGCAGUCACCAGACCUCGCGACCGCCACAAUCAUCGCCUACUACUUACCGUCACCGAGUGGUCCAACAAGCGGCUUCCCUGAAUGGGUCCUAACGGGAGGCCGUGCUCGGGAGAAUUCAGGCGUGUCGAUUAGAGGGUGGGAACUUUGA